GGCGCAGCUGGGAGGGUUAAGUGCGUUUUCCGAGGCCAGGCCUGAGAGGACGGGAAAAAAACGUGAGGCCCGUGGCUGUUGAUUGGCUGCAGCGAGAAGCGGAUGGACGUUGACUGGCUCCGGCGUUCGCGGGAAGAAGUUUGUGGCGCCAGAGCAAAGUGGACACCGGCAACACGGUUCUGAGGGAGGUGCUGCGAGCCGGUUCGACCAGAACUUUCGGAGACUCGUUCGCAAAGGGAUUGUGACCAAGAUGUGGAAUAAUUCCUACGACAGCUUCAGCAAUUCCAGCUACGGAGGAACCGCCAGCUACACACAGUCGCCGGGCGGCUUCGGGUCGCCCACGGCCUCGCAGGCCGAGAAGAAAUCGAGAGCCCGGGCCCAGCACAUCGUACCCUGUACCAUAUCACAGCUGCUGUCAGCCACGCUGAUGGAUGAAGUGUUUAGGAUUGGGAAUGUAGAGAUUUCACAGGUCACCAUCGUGGGGAUUAUCAAACAUGCAGAGAAGGCACCGACCAACAUUGUUUACAAGAUAGAUGACAUGACCGCUGCACCCAUGGAUGUCCGUCAGUGGGUCGACACAGAUGAUGCCAGCAGUGAGAACACCGUGGUUCCUCCAGAAACGUACGUGAAAGUGGCUGGCCACCUGAGGUCCUUCCAGAACAAGAAGAGCCUGGUAGCCUUUAAGAUCAUGCCCCUGGAAGACAUGAAUGAGUUCACCACGCACAUUCUUGAGGUGGUGAACGCACACAUGAUGCUCAACAAGUCAACCAGCCAGCCCCCCGCAGGGAGAGCCUCUUUCGGCAAUCCAGGAAUGAAUGAAGUGGGAAACUUCGGUGGGAACAGCUUCAUGCCAGCAAAUGGUCUCACUGCGGCCCAGAACCAGGUGCUGAAUUUGAUUAAGGCUUGCCCAAGACCUGAAGGAUUAAACUUCCAUGAUCUCAAAAACCAGCUCCAUCACAUGACUGUGGCCUCAAUCAAGCAAGCUGUGGAUUUUCUUAGCAACGAGGGACACAUCUAUUCUACUGUAGAUGACGAUCAUUUUAAAUCAACAGAUGCUGAAUAACUGGAUCUCAGCAAGUACCAAGACGCUUGCCAGCCAGUCCUAGUUUUGUCUUCUGUGGUCUCCAACUGUGUACAUUUGGUCAGGUGACAUCUAGGAUGUAGAGUGUCAGCUAGGGACCUGGUGGGACACAGUGCUCUUCUAAUUUUGUUUUUGUGUUUUUGGUGAUCAAAGGGAGACGGACAAUUGACAGGGAUGUGACCAGGGUGGGAUUCCUUGAAGAAUUUUGAGAAAGCUCCUUCCAGCAAGAGGAUGGAGGGACCUGGAAGGGGGAUGCCUCCAGGCCUGCUUCAGGGACCCCCACGGGGAGUGAGGCUCCUUGAGAUGCCUGCAUGAACAGUAGCGCUUAGGGCUUUGUGUUUCUGGCCUGUGUCCUGUGAAAGGAGGCGGGCAGCGCUGGACUCUGCAGCUGCGGCCCAGCCAAGAAUCCCAGUGACCUGGGCUGGGUCUGCGUCCCUGAGGGUGCGUAGCAUUACUUUCACAAUUGCACUUUCCUUGAUCUUUGCUGCCAAAAAGUGGGCUUGUGUGAUCAGGGGAGUGGUGAUCUCGAGGGGCAGCAAGGAGGGAAUGCUGUCGUGCUUGGUACAAAGCAAGGGCUUUCAUGUGUUUAAUAAAACAGUCCUGUUGUUGCAGUAACUGGAGACUUGGCGCUUCUGGCCUUGAGCCCUUGUCAUGAGCAGCAGUGCAGCACAGUGCACCAGGCAUUGGGUUCUGCUCUCUCUGUCUUUGGUUCGAAUGCUGAAUGGCCUGGGCUCACCCCCGGAGCCUGUAUCAUCGCUUGUGGGGCCUCUGGCCAUGCCAGUAUCCCGUGCCAGAGCACUGACUUCAUUACCAGCUGCUUCUGAUCCAGUUCCCUGCUGAUGUGCCUGGCAAAGCAGCAAAAGAAAGGAAACCCACAAAAGGAUUAUCUCGUGGGUAUGUUGUAAAGCCUGAGUAACUGCCUGUUGAGGUGUGUGAAGCGUCUGGCACGGUCUCGAGCGGGGCUUCCAAGAUGGACCUGACCAUUGCCCUUCAAAGUGCCAGCACAUGACCCAACUGGGCAUCUUCCACUCAGCCUCAGGGUGAGACUUGCCCAAGGCCCAGGCUAAUUUUGCCCCUCUGGGUCAUUUCUCACUUUGUAG